UGGCGGGAAGAUUUUAUUGCAGAGCAGGACCUACAGAAAGAAAUUUGGAUUUCCAACUCGAUUUUAGAAUGGCAUCUAUUUCAGCACUAACCGAGGAAUUGGAUUCUGUAACCAGUGAGCUACAUGCAGUAGACAUUCAAAUUCAAGAACUCAUGGAAAGGCAACAAGAGCUCCUUCAGAAAAAAUCUGUCCUAACAAAGAAAAUAAAUCAGUGUUUAGAGGAUUCUGAUGCUGGGACAAGCAACGAGUGUGAUUCUUCACCUGCCGCUUGGAAUAAAGAAGAUUUUCCAUGGUCUGGUAAAGUCAAAGAUGCUCUGCAAAAUGUCUUUAAACUACAGAAGUUCAGACCACUUCAACUUGAAACUAUUAAUGUAACAAUGGCUGGAAAGGAGGUAUUUCUUGUUAUGCCUACAGGAGGAGGGAAAAGUUUAUGCUACCAGUUACCAGCAUUAUGUUCAGAGGGAUUUACACUUGUGAUUUGCCCAUUGAUCUCUCUUAUGGAAGACCAAUUAAUGGUUUUAAAACAUUUAGGAAUUUCUGCUACCAUGUUAAAUGCUUCUAGUUCUAAGGAGCAUGUGAAAUGGGUUCAUGCUGAAAUGGUAAAUAAAAACUCCAAGUUAAAGCUAAUUUAUGUGACUCCGGAGAAAAUUGCAAAAAGCAAAAUGUUUAUGUCAAGACUAGAGAAAGCCUAUGAAGCAAGGAGAUUUACUCGAAUCGCUGUGGAUGAAGUUCACUGCUGUAGUCAAUGGGGACAUGAUUUCAGACCUGAUUAUAAGGCACUUGGUAUCUUGAAGCGACAGUUUCCUAAUACAUCACUAAUUGGGCUGACUGCAACUGCAACAAAUCAUGUUUUGAAAGAUGCUCAGAAAAUUUUGUGUGUUGAAAAGUGUUUUACUUUUACAGCUUCUUUUAAUCGUCCAAAUCUUUACUAUGAGGUUCGGCAAAAGCCUUCAAACACUGAAGAUUUUAUUGAGGAUAUUGUAAAGCUCAUCAAUGGGAGAUACAAAGGACAAUCAGGAAUCAUAUACUGUUUUUCUCAGAAAGACUCUGAACAGGUAACGGUUAGUUUGCAGAAUUUGGGAAUUCAUGCAGGUUCUUACCAUGCCAAUAUGGAACCAGAAGAUAAGACCAAGGUUCACACAAGAUGGUCAGCCAAUGAACUUCAGGUAGUAGUGGCAACAGUUGCAUUUGGAAUGGGAAUUGAUAAACCAGAUGUGAGGUUUGUUAUUCAUCAUUCAAUGAGCAAAUCCAUGGAAAAUUAUUACCAAGAGAGUGGACGUGCAGGUCGAGAUGACAUGAGAGCAGACUGCAUUUUGUAUUAUGGCUUUGGAGAUAUAUUCAGAGUAAGUUCAAUGGUGGUCAUGGAAAAUGUGGGACAACAGAAGCUUUAUGAGAUGGUGUCAUACUGCCAAAACAUAAGCAAAUGUCGCCGUGUAUUGAUAGCUCAACAUUUCGAUGAAGUGUGGAAUUCAGAAGCAUGUAAUAAAAUGUGUGAUAACUGCUGUAAAGACAUUUCAUUUGAAAAAAAGAAUAUAACAGAGUACUGUAGAGAUCUAAUUAAGAUCCUGAAACAGGCAGAAGAACUGAAUGAAAAACUCACUCCACUUAAACUGAUUGAUUCUUGGAUGGGAAAGGGUGCAUCAAAACUGAGAGUAGCGGGUGUGGUUGCUCCUGUACUUCCUCGUGAAGACCUGGAGAAAAUCAUUGCACACUUUCUUCUACAGCAGUAUCUUAAAGAAGACUAUAGUUUUACAGCUUAUGCUACCAUAUCGUACUUGAAAAUAGGACCUAAAGCUAAUCUUCUGAACAGUGAAGCACAUGUUAUUACUAUGCAAGUAAAGAAGCGCACACAGAGCGAUUUCAAGGUUGAGACAUCUGAAGCUUAUCAUUCUGAACAAGCUGAUAAAAAGGGGAAAGGAAAAACUUCAGGUAACUUCCAGAAGUCCACAAACAUGCUUCAACAGUCUGGUUCUAAGAAUACAGGGGCUAAGAAAAGAAAAAUUGAUGACGCCUGAAAUAACUAUUACGAAUUUUCCACAACAAUAACUGUUUAUGCA